UUAGACUACAAUGAUCUUAUGGUGCUCCAAUUUUAUGAUAUCCAUGACAACAAGCUAAAUGAAGAGGGCCUAAAGCUAAGGACUGAUUUUAUGGGAGAGAUAAAGAAUAAAGAUAUGCAUCAUGUAGUGCUUACGCCAAAAAUGUCAGGAAGAUUUUACUUCAUCUUUGGGGAGCCUAUUGAAACAAAAGGGAGGGAGAAGGAGUUAAGAGAUAAAGAGAAGGCCCAGCACCUCUAUUUGCAUGUCAAAUCUGAAGUGGAGAGUUGUAUCAAGUAUCUGAAGAGGAGAGAGGAUCCCUACAGGAGUACACUGUCCAGUCUUCUAUAUCAGGCAGCUCAUGGUUCUGAUGCAGAAAUACCCACAUUUGAACCCUGAGUCUGAGAUGAUCACUUUUGUCAUUAGCUAGGGUCCAAACCAAUUGUUUAUAUUGUUCAUGUUAAUCUUUUAUAUACAUAGUUUUUUUAAUUUACCUCAAAUUAAUUGCAGUUCAUUCAAAUUAGAAGGGUUGAUAAAUAUUUAAAACUAAGUUCAGAACUGUAAACUUCUAUGUGAAGUACAUUAGUGGAUUUACUAAGCUAGACAGGGGCUCUCAUUCCACUAAAUGUUCUUUUGUUAAUUUCUACCGGUAUAUUUGUGCUAAAGGUCAAUCAAAGAAACUAAGCACACAUUUUC